CCGUCACACCCGAGUGGGGUACAGAGCACCAAACGAGUCGUGAGUGGUCUGAUAGUUGGGGAGACUGUUUUACCCAGAGUGCACUGUAGGCUGCUCACUGAAACACCACUUUGGUUAGCAUAGCCGUUGGAAAGGGUGGUCUGCUGUUCGUUUUGAGACGCAUAUACAUCUCGUUUCAUUGAGCAGUCCCGGUCUCUACGCACUCGUUUUAUUUUUUCAGCGUGAGACAGUGAGGGAGAAUCUGUACCCGCGCACUGUGGACUUUAAUGUGGAUACAAUACCUGAUUUAUAAAGAUUCAUGGGGACACUUUAGUGGAAAUCUUGACAACCCUGAAUGUAAACAGCAGAGCUUUGUAGGACUGGGGGAGUGACGACACGAGAGACAGAAAGAGCGGGAGCGAGAGCAGCGGCCUUCAUCUGACAACGUGACCAUUGGAUGAACCUCGUUCAUGCGUCUCCCUGUGUGCAACUCCCACAUCACUAUGAGCUGUGAGCAGGACUUUGGAGACGGGGGUCUGGGCGUGACCCUUACACUCCGACUGCUCAUGCACGGCAAGGAGGUUGGCAGCAUCAUAGGAAAGAAAGGAGAGACUGUGAAAAGAAUACGAGAGGAGAGCGGUGCACGGGUCAACAUCUCGGAGGGUUCUUGUCCGGAGAGGAUCAUCACCAUCACAGGCUCCACAGAGAGUGUCUUCAGGGCCUUCACCAUGAUCACAUACAAACUGGAAGAGGACCUCACGACGCUGGUCGCCAACGGCACCAUAAGCAGCAAACCCCCAGUGACACUACGACUGGUCAUCCCGGCCAGCCAGUGUGGAUCUCUUAUCGGAAAGGGAGGGGCCAAGAUCAAGGAGAUCAGAGAGAGCACCGGAGCACAGAUACAAGUGGCAGGGGAUUUGCUGCCCAACUCUACUGAGCGAGGGGUGACGAUAUCGGGGAGUCAGGACUCUGUGAUCCAGUGUGUCCGGCUGAUCUGCACUGUGAUCCUGGAGUCUCCCCCAAAGGGUGCAACCAUCCCCUACAGGCCCAGCCCUUCCCCGGGAGCCCUUCUUAUCUCAGGCAACCAGGUGUUUGAGGCAUCAGACUUUGCCCCACACCCUCUGUACUCCGUUUCCCAGGGUGCCCUCGACCUACAGCCGAGUGAUUUCUUCCAGGCCUACACAGUCCAAAACCAAUAUGGAAUUCCACAUGCGGAGUUGGCCAAGCUCCAGCAGCUAUCCAUGCAGCAGAACAUGCAGACAAGUUCCAUGUGCCAACAGGCUACGACCGUUCUACCUGGAAUGGACUCUUCCUCCCAGACAUCGCAGGAGCUCCUUAUUCCAAACGAUCUGAUAGGCUCGAUCAUCGGCCGGCAGGGCACUAAGAUCAAUGAGAUCAGGCAGGUGUCGGGGGCUCAGAUAAAGAUCGGCAGCCAGGUGGACGGAACCAGUGACCGCCAUGUCACCAUCACCGGCGCACCAAUCAGCAUCAACCUGGCCCAGUACCUUAUAACUUCCUGUUUGGAGACUGCUAAAUCCACAGCCCAGGCAGCGUCCAUGGCCGGCCCCAAUAUGGCUGACCUCAACAUGGCCUUCACUCAGACUGCCUCCCCUGCCGCCUCCCACCACUCCGCCUCCACCCUGGCAGCCAUGGGCGCCCUUUCUCCCACCCCCGUCAUCGGCCAUCCCUACGGCACCCUGCCCUUCUCCGGCCUGCUGGGGGUCAAGUCGGUCCCCUUCCUGACUCUCUCCAGCCCCUCCCCCCAGGUCGCCGUGACCGCGGCCCCCUCCCACGCCACCCUGGCGGCCUACACCACUAAAAUCUCCUCAGCCAACUGCAUCAAGAAGCCGGACAGACAGAAGUUUGCACCAUACUGAUGCCAGGCACCGCGCCACUCUCUGCCUUCUUCUGAAGGCCGACACGGACAGCUGUCUGCUAUGGCUACAUCCCCAAUGCCACCCUAGUCCCUCUCUAGUGCCCUAUAUGGUGAAUAGGGUGCCUUCAGCGAUUUGCCCUAUGUUCUUCCACCCACGCCGUGAUGUAGCCAUAUCUGCUGCCGUAGAUUUUCCGUAUGGGUCUGCUGUAUAAUUCACCAGACCAAGAGACCAACAGGGGACACUAACUAACAUAAGGUAUACUCUACACGGCAUAUAUAGAUGACUUGUGAGUUCUCCAUAGACAUAUGGACUGUUUUCACCUCCUGUCUUCAUUCUAUUGUUAUUUAUCACUAAUAAAAGGCACAGUCCUCAUUUGGGAAAUGCACUAACCUGGAAUGUCAUGUGAAUCAUGAUCUGAUAGUGAUUGGUCAAGUUAGGUAUAGGCCCAAAUGUAUUUAUCCUUCAGUAACACGUUUUUAAAUUAUACUCUGUUGCAGAUGGAUGUAUGACUGUAUGAUGCUUUUAUACAAUGUCUAUGUUUGCUUCUUGGAGUUUUUAAGAAAAUCUGUAAAUGUUCAGGAGGAAAGUAUUUUUUUUGUUUUUUUUUAUCAUGACAUCGUGCUAUAGUACUGUACUGUUCAAUGUUCUAUUGAGUUUUGUUUGAAAUGUGCAAGUUGUUUAAUCUUAUUUAUUUGUAUUGUUUUCUUUAUUAAAAGUCUUUGUUUCUUGAAAUGGCUGCAGGUAUGUGUCCCCCCUUUAAACUGUACCAGUUUGUCCA